UGGCGCUGUUGCUGGUGUUUCGCUAUUCAGUCCCUCGGUCUUACUAGAGAAAACAUUUCCGAAAAGAGACGAGAGUAAAAAAAGCCGUCAUAUCCAGUAAUACAAAAUGGAGGCGUUGUGCUCAUCUGUCCAGGAACGUCUAGACGUAGGAUACAAAUGUGAAGCGGGGGUUUCAAAAGAGAUGUGUGGUGAUGAAGAAGAAGAGAAGAAUCACUUACUGCAGACGGGUCCCCUUUCCACAUAUUCCAUGGUAAAAAGUUUGGACAUUAAAGAAGAGGACAGAGAGUGGGAAACUGCUUACCUUCAACAGGAGAAUCACUGCAUUAAAGAGGAGGAUUAUGAAAGGGUGACAGUCAAGAUGAAAACAGACCCUGAGUCUACAUCUCACAUCACCGACGUAUGGAAGGAUGAAGUCAUAAAUGGUAUAAAGGAAGAAGACCUUAAAUCCGAGUCUGACUUUCAGGCUUUUUAUCCAGACAAACAGGAUCCUGGAUUAGACUUCACACCCAGUCAUAGCAGCAGCUCUCUACAGCAUCGUUCUGACCCGGUGAAGUCAGAAACUUUGGAAUUUGACAUGGAGAGGUCUGCAGUAGCAUCGGGGUCAGGUGAUUCUGGAACAGCAGAUUUACAAGACGGUGGUGUCUCCUUACCUUUGUUCACUCAAACCUCUGAGGCUAUGAGGAAAGUAACAUCUGGAUCAGAAAAUGGAACAGCAGCCCCUUUGAAGGGUACUUCUGCAUCUAUGGUGAGGCUGAAAAAGACGGAUGCAAUCGACACUCGCCUACUGGUACAUAAUAUGGUACCACAAACUUCGCUUGUCUGUCAAGAAGGGACGGGGAGGAAACAUUUUCUAUGCAAAGAGAAGGGAAAUUCUGCAGCAAAUAAGCCAUACUGUUUCAAAUGUGGCAAAAAAUUCUCCAGCAAAAGCAGUCUUAACAAACACACAAGAAUUCACACUGGAGAGAAGCCACAUCUCUGUUCUGAAUGUGGCAAACGAUUCUUCACCAGAUGGCAACUUGAGACUCACACAAGAUUUCAUACAGGAGAGAAGCCAUAUGGCUGUUUACAAUGUAAUAAACGAUUCACUAAUCGUAGCUCUCUUCAGAUGCACAGAAUAUUUCACACUGGAGAAAAGCCACAUCGCUGUUCUCAAUGUGACAAACGAUUUGUCACCAUUUCUCAUCUUCGGAUUCAUACAAGAAUUCACACUGGAGAAAAACCAUAUGGCUGUUCUGAGUGUGGCAAACAGUUCUUGUGUAAGAGUGGUCUUGAAACCCAUACAAGAAUUCACACUGGAGAGAAGCCAUACCAGUGUUCUGAAUGUGACAAACGAUUUUACACCCGUACCCAUCUUAAAAUUCACACGAGAAUUCACACUGGAGAGAAGCCAUAUCAGUGUUCUGAAUGUGACAAGCGAUUCACCACCAGCAGCUCCCUUCGGAUGCACUCAAGACUUCACACGGGAGAGAAGGUAUAUUACUGUUAUGAAUGUGACAAACAAUUCACCACCAGUACCUAUCUUCGAAUGCACACAAGACUUCACACUGGGGAGAAGCCAUAUCACUGUUCUGAAUGUGGCAAACGAUUCACAACUAGCAGCUCUCUUCAGAUGCAUACAAAGCUUCACACUGGAGAAAAGUUAUAUCACUGUUCUGAAUGUGACAAACACUUCACCACUAGUGCCUGGCUUCGGAAGCACACCAGACUUCACACUGGAGAGAAGCUGUAUCACUGUCCUGAAUGUGACAGGCAAUUCAUCGCCAGUUGGCAACUUGAGAUUCAUGCAAGACUUCACACUGGGGAGAAGCCAUAUUGCUGUUCUGAGUGUGGCAAACGAUUCAACUAUAAGGGGAGUCUCAUAAGACACACGAGAAUUCAUUUGGGAGAAAAGCUGUUUCACUGUUCUGAAUGUGGCAAACAAUUCUCGAGUAGUAGCUAUCUUAAGAUACACAAAACAAUUCACACUGGAGAGAAGCCAUAUUGCUGCUCUGAAUGUGGCAAGCGAUUUGCCACUAGAAAGUAUCUUAAGACACACACAACAAUACACACUGGAGAAAAGCCCCGAGGGAAGGCGUAUCACUGCUCCGAAUGUGGAAAGCAGUUGUCUACCAAGCGGAGUCUAAUCAGACACACUAGAAUUCACACUGGAGAGAAGCCUUUUUGCUGCUCACAGUGUGAGAAGAAGUUCUCUACCAAGAGCAGUCUUGCAAGACACAUUCGAUUUCACAACAGAGCCCCCUUCUCCUGUGACGAAUGUGACAAGCAAUUCUCUACGAAGAACAGUCUUAUGAGACACGCUAAAUUUCACAGUGGAGUUAAACCCUUUAGCUGUUCAGAAUGUGACAAGCAAUACUGUACUCAGAGAAGUCUUUUGAGACAUGCUCGAAUUCACACUGGAGAAGAUCAUAAGGCAAAGGAAGGUCAAGCUAUCUGUUGAUUGCCUCCGAGAGUCUUUUCUGUCUACCUUUGGGAGAGUCCUUCAGGGUGACGAAUCUGUAGCGGCAUCACUCGUGUAAGCCUGGCACACACUGCACCCCGUCACAUAUUCAGCUAUACAGGAAACUACAGUGCAUUUGUGGACAUGAGUGGCAGCUGAGUAACCUUUUGACCUGUGGAUGACUCCUGUGAUAAUGAUUUUGAACAGAAGAGGGAGAAAGUGACUGUUCAGGAUGGCUGCGGUCUUCGAUAAUACGGUUUUGGUUUUGUAUGACACUGUGCCUACUACAUGUGACCUGACCAGAACAGAAUUGUGUUCCAGUAAGAUUCUGUGCCAACUCCACACUAACUAAUGGGGCUGAUCUAAAUAGGGUACUGUACCAGGAUAUUAUAUCCACAGUGGGCAUGGACUGGAAAUUACACUUUUGUGUGUUUUAACAAAUUUGGAUUCAUAUGUGUACCAGUUCUGUAUUUAGUAAUUAGCAUAAUCUAUACUUCUAUUUUAACUGGGACAUGUUCGCAGUGCUCAGUGUCUGUAUUUAGUGAAAAGUGAAAUACAAAAAAAUACAUAAAUAAGUUGUACCCUUUUAGAAGAUAUUGAGCUGAACUCGUCAAGGUUCUCCUCAGAUGCAUAUGGAAAUCAUCUUGAUGAUAACCAAAAUGUGUUGUGCCCACUUCAGGCUGUCCUUGAUUUUGACUCCAAGACAGUUAAGGCUGCCCUUCUGCUACAGAUGACAGUGCAAUUAGAAGUCCAUAUAGAGAAAUGAACCUGAGGAGAGGAGCCUUGUGUGUUUUCAGAAUAUCCAUCCAUUAUCCAACCCACUCUAUCCUAACUACAGGGUCAUGGGUGUUUGCUGGAGCCAAUCCCAG